AUGUUAUUCAGGCAACUUCUCCCCCAAAAGUCUCUUCGUUCUCUGCCUGCCCCCAUCUCCACCUUGUCUCGCACUUCGACCCUUCCUAAGCUUGCAUUUGUGCAGGCUACCCGUGGUUUCGCUUCGGCCACCGAUCCCUAUGACCUUGUCGUCAUCGGAGGUGGUCCAGGCGGUUACGUCGCGGCCAUCAAGGCUUCCCAGCUGGGUCUCAAGACUGCUUGUAUUGAAAAACGAGGAGCUCUUGGUGGAACUUGUUUGAAUGUCGGCUGCAUCCCGUCCAAAGCCAUGCUCAACAACUCUCAUAUCUAUCACCAGACCCAGCAUGAUCUGAAGAAGCGGGGUAUCGACGUUACCGAUGUCAAACUCAAUCUGACCCAGAUGCUUGCUGCCAAGGAUGCUUCUGUUAAAGCUCUCACCGGAGGAAUCGAGACAUACCUUUUCAAAAAGAACGGCAUCGACUACAUCAAGGGUGAAGGAUCUUUCGAAUCUGCUGGCGUCAUCAAUGUCAAGCUUUCGGAAGGUGGCGAAACUCAAGUCAAUGCGAAAAAUGUUGUUAUCGCCACUGGCAGUGAAGUGACUCCCUUCCCGGGACUCGAGAUCGACGAAGAACGAAUAGUCAGUUCUACAGGCGCUUUGGAUUUGAAAGAGGUCCCUAAGAAGAUGGUGGUCAUCGGAGGCGGUGUCAUUGGCCUCGAACUCGGCUCUGUCUGGUCCCGUUUGGGUGCUGAAGUCACGGUCGUAGAAUACAUGGGGGCCAUCGGUGCCGGUAUGGACGGAGAAGUCGGCAAGCAAUUCCAGAAAAUCCUCCAAAAGCAAGGUUUCAAGUUCAAGUUGAACACUAAAGUGGUAUCGGGUUCUCGCGAGGGCGACAUUGUCAAGCUUCAUGUGGAUGCUGCCAAAGGCGGCAAAGAGGAAACCAUCGAAGCUGAUGUCGUUCUUGUCGCCAUUGGUCGCCGACCUGUCACCAAGGGUCUCAAUCUCGAAGCCAUUGGUGUGGAAACCGACAACAAGGGACGAAUCAUCAUUGACGAUGAAUUCAACACAAGUGCCAAAGGUGUGAAAUGUAUUGGUGACGUCACGUUUGGCCCUAUGCUUGCUCACAAGGCCGAAGAAGAAGGCAUUGCUGCUGUUGAGAUCAUCAAAAGCGGGCACGGACAUGUCAACUACGAUGCCAUCCCUUCUGUGGUCUACACUCACCCUGAAGUCGCCUGGGUGGGCAAAAACGAGGAGGAACUCAAGGCUGCUGGCGUACAAUACAAGAUCGGAAAGUUCCCGUUCUCUGCUAACUCUAGGGCCAAAACAAACCAGGACUCUGACGGGUUCGUCAAGUUUAUCGUUGAGAAAGAGACCGACCAAGUUUUGGGCGUGCACAUCAUCGGCCCUAACGCUGGUGAAAUGAUAGCGUCCGCGACAUUGGCUGUUGAAUACAAAGCAUCUGCCGAGGACAUCGCCCGAACCUGUCAUGCCCACCCAACUCUCUCUGAAGCUUUCAAGGAGGCCGCACUGGGCUCGUACGACAAGACCAUCAAUUUCUGA